AUGUCCCAGGAAUCAAAGCAUGCAGAAUAUCAGUAUCUUGAUCUGGUGCAGCAUAUACUGGAAAACGGAGUCAAAAGGGCAGACAGGACAGGGACAGGAACACUGUCAGUGUUUGGGGCAACCAUGAGGUUCUCUCUUGAGGACAACACAUUCCCUUUGCUGACCACGAAGAGAGUCUUUUACAAAGGCGUUGUCGAAGAGCUGUUGUUCUUUCUUCGAGGCCAAACAGACUCAAAGAUCCUUGAGGAAAAGGGCAUCAGGAUCUGGGAAAAGAACGGGUCGAAGCAAUUCCUUCAGUCGAUAGGGAUAGACAGGGAGGAGGGAGAUCUUGGACCGAUAUACGGAUUCCAGUGGAGGCACUUUGGGGCAGAGUAUCGAACAUCAGGCUCAAGCUACGAAGGCAAAGGAGUGGAUCAAAUCAAGGAUGUGAUCGAUACCAUCAAGAAGAACCCUAACAGUAGAAGAAUGGUUGUAUGUGCAUGGAAUCCCACAGCACUAGGGGAGAUGGCCCUUCCUCCCUGCCAUGUGCUCUUCCAGUUCAAUGUGAUGGACGGAAAGCUAAACUGUGCAAUGUACCAAAGGUCUGGAGACAUGGGAUUGGGGGUUCCCUUCAACAUAGCCUCGUACUCUCUACUAACAAUAAUAGUGGCGCAUUUGACUGGGCUUCAGCCUGGGGAAUUUGUUCACUUCUUGGGGGAUACCCACAUAUACCUGGACCAUGUCGAUUCCCUAAGGUUACAGCUCCAAAGGGCCCCUCGGCCUUUCCCAAAACUUUUUGUCAAUCCAAAGGAGAAGAGGGGGAAGGUGGAGGACUUCCAGUACGAAGACUUUUCACUUGUAGGAUAUGAUCCACACCCUCCAAUCAAGAUGGAUAUGAGUGUCUGA